AUGUUUCGUAGUUUUAAUCGUCGUUUUAUUCAACAUGGACUUCUUUUUUGUACAUCAGCUCUCGGUACCGGUUAUAUCGGACAAUAUAUUCUUAAGAAAAAUAAAUUAAAUGCUGCUAAUCCUACAUUACAUACACCUGAAAUAUGGUUAGAUAAUUAUCCAACACGUGAAGCUCAAAUUAAUCAAAUGUCAAAUGAAUCUGAAUAUGAUAUUGUUGUUAUUGGUGGUGGAGCAACAGGUUGUGGAGUUGCUGUUGAUGCAGCAAGUCGUGGUCUCAAAGUAGCUUUAGUUGAAAAAUAUGAUUUUAGUAGUGGUACAUCAUCACGAUCAACAAAAUUAAUACAUGGUGGUGUUCGAUAUUUACAAAAAGCUAUAAUGCAUUUCGAUCGUGAACAAUAUCAUAUGGUUAAAGAAGCUUUAUAUGAACGUGGUAAUCUUCUUAAAAUAGCUCCACAUUUAUCAUAUCCAUUACCAAUAAUGUUACCUGUUUAUAAAUGGUAUCUAUUACCAUAUUAUUAUGCUGGUAUAAAAGCAUAUGAUUUUGUAUCAGGUCGACAAUUACUUCGAUGGUCUUAUUUAAUAACAAAAAACAAAGCAUUAGAAUUAUUUCCUAUGUUAAAAAAAGAAAAACUUGUUGGUGCUAUUGUUUAUUAUGAUGGACAACAUAAUGAUGCACGAAUGAAUAUAGCACUUGCAUUUACAGCAGCACGUAUGGGUGCAAAUAUUGCAAAUCAUUGUGCUGUUACAGAAAUUAUACAUGAAAAUAUUAAAGUUGAUAAUACUCAAGGACAACCUGAAACAAAAAAAAUUAUUCGUGGUGUAAAAUGUUUUGAUCGAUAUCAAAAAAAAGAAUUUACAAUUCGAACUAAAUGUGUGGUCAAUGCUACCGGUCCAUAUACAGAUACAGUUCGACAAUUAGAUGAUCCAUCAUUACCAAAAAUUUGUCAACCAUCAGUUGGUGUUCAUAUUGUAUUACCUGAUUAUUAUAGUCCAACAAAUAUGGGUCUUCUUGAUCCAAAUACAUCUGAUGGACGUGUUAUAUUUUUUUUACCAUGGCAAAAACAUACAAUGGCUGGUACAACUGAUACACCUUGUGAAAUAACUGAUUAUCCAUCACCAUCAACUGAAGAUGUUGAUUUUAUAUUGGGUGAAGUAAAACAUUAUCUUUCAUCCGAUGUACAAGUACGUCGUGGUGAUGUUUUAUCAGCAUGGGCAGGUAUUCGACCACUUGUUCUUAAUCCAAAUAAAAAAGAUACACAAUCAAUUGCAAGAAAUCAUAUUAUUCAUGUUAGUGAUUCAGGCCUUGUUACGAUUGGAGGAGGAAAAUGGACCACAUAUAGACAAAUGGCUGAAGAAACUGUUGAUCGAUGUAUAGAAUCAGCUAAAUUAAAACCAAAAAGAGAUUGUAUAACAAAAGGUUUAAUUCUUAGUGGUGGUGAAAAAUGGACACCAACUUCAUAUAUUCGUCUUGUUCAAGAUUAUGGUCUUGAUACGGAGGUUGCUAUUCAUCUUUCACAUACAUAUGGUGAUCAAGCGCCUAAAGUAGCUGAUUUAGCAUCAUUAACUGGAAAACGAUGGCCAGUUCUUGGAAAACGUUUGCAUGAAGAAUUUCCUUAUAUUGAAGCUGAAAUAAGUUAUGCUGUAAAAGAAUAUGCUCGUACAGCUAUAGAUAUUCUUGCUCGACGUACUAGACUUUCAUUUUUAAAUGUAAUUGCUGCUGAUGAAGCUCUUCCUGAUAUAAUACAAAUAAUGGCUAAAGAAUUGAAUUGGAAUAAAGAAAAACAAAAAGAAGAAACCGAUCGUGCUAAAACAUUUUUAUUACGUGAGAUGGGUCUUAAUUUAAAACGUGAUAUGCGUCGUGAUGUACCAAUUAAUUUUACACGUGAAGAAAUGAGUUAUUAUAUGAAAUAUUUUCGUCAAAUUGAUGUUAAAAAUAAAGGAUUUUUAACAAUGACUGAUUUAAAACGAUAUUUACAAUCAUCAAAAAAUGAAAUAUCUGACGAUGAAUUUCGAAUAUUAAUGGGUGAAAUUGAUCAAAAUCAAAAUGGAAUUAUUGAAACAGAAGAAUUUCUUCAAUUAAUGAGUGCAAUCAAAUCUGGUGCAGUGUCAACAAGUCAUUUUGUGAAAGCUACUCGUAUAGAUAAAAUCAAAAAUAAUCCAUCACCGGAACGAAGUGGUGGUGGUAUUUAA